AUGUUUAGUUCUGGGAAUGUGUUACCAGUGAAGAUCCAGCCUCCGUUGUUGAGACCGUUGGCAUACCGUGUGCUAUCCAAGAAGUUUGGACUGAAUAUCAAAUCUGAUGGGUUGGCAGAGUUAGCAGAGUUUAUUGGAAACGCUUUUGGAAUGGAGUGGAAGAAAAGUUCGGAAACUGUCCUUUUUUUAGAGCAAUUCGCUACCGUCUGGAAGCAACAAGAACGAGGUUUGUUCAUUGACUCUACUGGUACAAAAAGUGUAAUCUCUGAGAUUAAAGAAAGAAGUAAAAGUAGGAUAAAAGUUAGAGAUGAGCCUGAUCUGGGGCCUGCACAAGAACCGAAGAAGGCAAAAACUUUGGAUAAUUUUUUGUUGAAAAAUGUUCUUCAACAAAAGAAUGUGGAAGUAACAAAGCAAGAAACAGAUUCGGAAGAUAUCCCAAUGGAUGAUGGGAUUGAAAUAAUUAGUGAGCACACUUCUCUGUCUAACAAUGGUACGGGAAUUGAAAUGUCAGAUGGAAUCGAAACGUCAGAUGGAAUUGUAAUAAAAGAAGAAGAAGUUCAAGAUAUCACUGAUGUGGACCCUAUUUCAAAUUAUUCAAUCCCUCAAAUUGAACCCAUUGAACAAAUCGAAGCGGAAGAGGUGACUGAGGAUGAAAUGGAGCAACUAAACUGGAGAGAUUAUUUUAAAAUUAUUAAUGUAGAUGAACAACAAAACUUCUCAUAUAACCCAAGAAAGUUGCAAUUCAUAUUCAAACCGAGUUUUAAAAAACCACAUUCAAAUCACAACUCAGAGAUAAUAAAUAAUUCAAAUUUAAAACUACAAUUACCGGAUAUUCAAUCAAAAUUAGCAAUCUUUUCAACAAGAUACUACCUACUUAGAGAUAGAAUAAUGAGAAAUGAAGCUUUCCAAAAUAAUGAUUCUUUCAAUCCUUUAUCCUCAAUGGUAAAUAUGAAAAAUGCCUUACAAAAUAAUGAUAAAUCGGAACUAAUAUCUAACAUGUCCCUAACUCCAAUCAAAACAUUACUUGGUAGAAACGGCCAAAAUUUCUUGAUUUUAGGUAUGCUUCGAGUAAACGCCAAGGGGAAUUGGUGUUUAGAAGACCCCUCUGGUGAUAUUGAAGUUGAUCUAUCGCAAACACUUCCUACAGCCGGUUUAUACUAUGUGCCGGGUGCAAUCGUAUUAACUGAAGGUAUAUAUUAUUCAGCAACAAAUACAUUUCACGUUACAUCUAUGACACACCCUCCUUGUGAAAGAAGAGAUGUUACAUUGGAAGCAAUUGGUAACAUCGAUUUAUUAGGUAUUCAUGGAAUUUCUACUCCGAAUUAUAUUGCAAAACUGGAUGACGAUUUAAAAAUCAGACUACAUUAUUUGGAAAAAGAUUUUACAGAUCAUAGGUUCGCUAUCAUGGGGGGUGAUAUGUUCUUAAAUGAAUUACAGACACUAUCUGCAUUGAGAAAAGUUUUUUCAAAACUUAACGAAGAUCCACCUAUUAUGAUUAUUUUACAAGGUUCUUUCUCAAGCACACCGGUGCAUGCAUCCACAAAUAGUAAAAGCAUGAGCAUCAGCACUCAAUACAAAAAUAAUUUUGAUAGUCUAGCAUCAUUAUUAUCUGAAUUCGAAGAUUUGAUUAAUUAUUCAACUUUCCUUUUUAUCCCUGGUGUUAAUGAUCCCUGGAGUUCCAUGGUAACUUUAGGUUCAACAGGUUUAUGGCCUCAAAAGCCAAUUCCAAAUCACUUUACUACAAGAAUAAACAGAAUAUGUAGACAUGUAAUUUGGGGAUCAAAUCCAACAAGAAUUGCAUACCUGUCUCAAGAAAUCGUUAUAAUGAGAGAUAAUAUUUGUGGAAGAUUUAAAAGAAAUAGCGUUCAAUUUCGAACAGUAGAGGAAAAAGAAGGUAUUAAUAAGCAAUUAAAAAAAGACAAUGAAAAAUCACAAUUACUGGAUGAUGAUGAUAUUCCGAUGAAGUCCUUGUCCAUAGACCCAAACAAGCUACCAGCCAGGGUACAUGAAUCUAGGAAAAUUGUAAAAACUAUUUUAGAUCAAGGUCAUUUAUCACCGUUCACACCUGAUAUUAGACCAAUAGCAUGGGGUUUAGACCACUCUUUAACAUUAUACCCGAUUCCAUCAACACUAAUACUAUGUGAUCAAACUGCACCACAAUUUGAACUUACAUAUAACGGUUGUAAAGCUUUCAAUCCAGGAAAGUUUAUAAGUAACAAUCGUGCAAGAUUCCUAGCUUAUACACCAUCAUUGAAGAAGGUUCAAGAGGAAGAAUUGUAUUUCUAG